AAUUCAUAACAAUGGGUGGAGCGAAAGUUGAUUCCAAAGAUCCAGUAAGAGGUAUCAUCUCAGGUAACUCCCUAUGUCAUUCAUUUAAAUUUUAGGUGGUAUAACAGGUGGAAUCGAAAUUUGUAUCACAUAUCCCACUGAGUAUAUUAAGACUAUGAUGCAACUCUAUAAGGAAUACUCAUAGAAAGGAGUCAAAUAUUGCAUUGGUGAAACCUAUAAGAAUUUUGGAAUUACAGGAUUUUACAGAGGUUUAACACCUUUGGUCACAUUUUCUAUUCCCAAAGUGGCUUGCAGAUUUGGUGCCAAUGAAUGGUUAAAGAAUAAUGUAUUCACAGACAGAAAAAGCAGACUCUAAACUUUCUUUGCAGGAUUAGGAGCUGGUGUGUUUGAAGCAGUUGUUGUUGUGACACCCACUGAGACUUUGAAGGUCAGAAAAAUCAUUUAGAAAUUAGGUUAAAUUGAUCCAUGAUAAAUUAUCAACCACUCCAAAAUAUAGAGGAAUGAUUCAUGGAAUUGGAUCAAUUGUUAAUGAAAUGGGUUUGUCAGGUAUUUAUAAGGGAUUGGUUCCAACUAUUUUAAAACAAGGUAGUAAUUAAGGUAUCAGAUUCGUUGUGUUUGAGGAUACUAAGAAAUUGAUCUAAGUAUUUUGCAAAUAUAGGUUUUAUAGAAAACUUUUACAUUUUUACCUGAACCAGUUAUUUUAUUACUUUCCGGAGGUGUUGCUGGUGCUGCAUCUGUGAUGUGUAAUACUCCAGUUGAUGUCAUAAAAACAUAAAUGCAAGGUCUUAAGGCUCAUGAAUAUAAUGGUGUUUUGGAUUGCUGUAAAUAAACUUAUUAGCAUGAAGGAGUUAGAGGAUUCUACAAAGGUAAAUCAUAAAUUUAUAGGUUUUAGGAACUGUACCCAGAUUGGGUAGAGUUGUUUUGGAUGUAGCUAUUACAUUUACACUAUAUGAUUAUAUUGGAAGAGUUCUUAAUUUGGUUUGGCCACCAAAACAUUGAUAGUUCAUAUAAUUUUAUUCAAGAUAGUAAUAUAAAUCUAUAAUAAAUAA